GCAUGAAACUCAGCCACUUCGCCCCUGCCACGGAAGUCGAAAUAACGAUACUCCGGUGACCCCACUAUACCUUACAUAAUGGGGCAUUACGUAAAUUUGCGGUAGGGAUAUGAUUGCUGCCACAACGGCGGAUGAAUCAAGUGUGGCUCGAGCUUUUUCUACCUAUGAUGUGCCAUUGUCGCAAAGCUUCAAGCUGUAGUGUUUGUUCAGAGCUGCCCGAUCAACACUUCGGAAGUACUCACACCCUUUUGGACUGCCAUACACAAUAUUUAAAUAACUACUUGCGAUCGUCAUCUGUAGUAGGACAUAUUCCUCUUUAACUACGAAAAUGUCGAAUCUCGGUGGUUAUAUCAACAAAAAGGUCUUGAUAAUCACGGCCGAUUCCCGAACUUUGGUGGGGACACUCUUGAGCUGUGACCAGAUGACGAACUUAGUACUUGGUCAGACUAUCGAGCGAGUUAUCCGAACCCCUGACGACCCAGAGCCAUCCACAGAAGUCCCGCUAGGACUCUACCUUGUUCGAGGCGACAAUGUUUGUGUAGUAGGCCUAGUAGACGAACCGCUUGACGAGAGCAUCAACUGGCAAGAGGUGAAGGGAUCAGAGAUUGGUGGUAUCAAACACGUAUAACCAACAUAGUGCACCAUGAACCGCAAAACUAUAUGGAGCUAAAGAUUGCACAACCGGCGUUGGGGAAGGAAAUAAUUGCAUUUACA